ACCUUGAUUACAUGGAGGAAGACGAAUGCUUAAAUGAAUUUCGUGUCAGAAAAUGUGACCUACCAAUUCUGGUAGAUGUUCUCGGGAUUCCCAAUGAGAUCGUUUGUGAUCAGAGAAGUGUUGUGGGAGGAGUCGAGGCGCUGUGUAUGCUCCUUAAGAGGCUGGCAUACCCUUGCCGGUACAGUGACAUGAUGCAAAGGUUUGGUCACCGACAAGUCCCAGUCCUGUGCAUGGCCACAAACUCCGUGCUGGACUAUAUAUAUUCUGCACAUCAUCACAGGAUAACGCAGUGGAAUGUAAACAUACUGAACCCUGUAGCAUUGAGAAACUAUGCUGACUGCAUCCUCCAAAUGGGAGCCCCUCUGGAUAAUUGCUUUGGGUUUAUUGAUGGCACUGUACGACCCAUUGCCAGACCAGGUGUAACACAGAGGAUCCUAUAUAAUGGACACAAACGCAUCCACAGUCUAAAAUACCAGGCUGUAGCCAUCCCUAAUGGUUUGAUUGCCCAUCUGUACGGCCCUGUAGAGGGAAAGAAGCAUGACUCUGGAAUGCUGGCAGAAUCUGGGCUGUUGGCAUUGCUGCAACGUCAUGCCAUCUCUGUAGAUGGCCAUCCAAUGUGUGUGUAUGGGGACCCAGCAUACCCACUGCGUGUGCAUCUGCAAGCCCCAUUUCGACAUGUUCAUCUCACCCCUCAAAUGAUGAACCCUCUCAGUCUGGCUUCUCUCCCUCAAAAACUCAAUGGUGUCAUUCCCACUCCUUCUCCUACGUUUGUUGUUUGUCCAGUCCUCUCCCUCUUCACUAAGCCUCCUGUUGGUCUGGCUAACCCUCUCCAUGGCCUUCUUCCUUGCCUCUUCUGCUUUGGCCCUGUCCGUCUCUAA